CGAGUGCGUGUGUGCGGCAUUUCAAUCCACUUCUGGGAGUUCAGUAGCCAAUGGACACAGAGCUGACGUUGGAACAUCAUCAAUCACUCGCCGACCGUUUUAUGUUAUGGCCAUGACCACGAUCACGUAUUCAUCGCGCAUUUUCUGAAGAUCAAGAUCUGCAUUAAUUCAGCAGACAUAAGUAGUUUCCGUUUCGUUGUUCAACUAUCGCGGUAUGUUGUCUAAGUAGGGCUUACAAUUCUAAGUAAUUCCAUCUAUAUUUCUUGUUCCGAUCCGAUCGGGUGUAUGAACAAGUGUGACUUCUGUAAAUUGAUCUACAUUUCCUCGGAUUCUGUGCAUGAACAAGUGUGGCUUCUAAAUUGAUCUACAUUUCCUCGGAUUCUGUGUAUGAGGUGUGCGACUAUGGCAGUGUAGACGCCUUGUGUGAGGCAGACGCGGUUCGUCCUGAUAGUCCGCGUAAGCGAAGAAAAUUGAAUAAAGCGGACGACUAUGGCGAUGGCAAAUUGCAGGCUGAAGAAGCGCUUGCAGAUGCUGUCACAACUGGUGAAGAGCACUAUGCUUGUAAGCACAAAAGAUCAGGGACCUCGACGGACAACUUUGUUACACCACAGUUGGACAACUUUGUUACACCACAGUUACCUUGUUGUAAGUUACCAUUUCAGGUAGUUUCUUUGCGUCUUCCCGACGUAAUUGGGCCGUUUGACGACACUGGGCGCUUGUGGGCGUACUGGCUCUGGCUGCAUUCCGGAGAACCGAUUUUGGUGUCUGAUCGGGAUGCGGCACAGCCCUUAGCAGUUGUUUUCUCAGGAGAUGUUGCGCGCUUCAUUGAGGGCCUCCUUUCUUUAGAAACCACGACGAAGAAAGGUGGAUCCUUUGAGCCUGAGGAUCGCUCUCGGGAUCACCUUCAGUCCACGUCAUCUCCGAAACAAGAAAGCAGCAGAUUAAUGUUAAGGGUAGGUCAAAGGUGCUUUUGUUACCGUUUGUUAUGGCUCUCUCCCUUAGGUGGGGACAGCCAUAACAAGCGGGAUAAACGAACACCAAAAGCCUACCCCUAAUAAUGGGCAGAGAAAAGUUUACAAGAACAUCUUCGUUGAAAGAUGACAUUCGGGCAGUGAAUUUAGGAUGCACUUCGCAGCCGUACCUCCAGGAUCACUUGCAGACGCUGCGGAAGUGUAUUACGCGUCGGCUCAACAAAGAAUUAGGCGCUCGUGGAGUAGCAAAUACUGACAAAAAUGGAAGCAAUAUUAGCAGCAUUGCAGCUGCUGUUAGCUCAACUUACAUAGCUCCUGUGCGAGAGGCACACGAAGCAUCGCAAGCGUCGAAAAAUUAUAAACCUGACGAGCCUCGUCCAAGAGCAACGCCACAGUUUCUGCCUUCGGUAAAUCGUAUGGUCCCUUUGGAUUUUUAAGGCUCAGCAACUGACUUUCUACACACUGUCUGACAACAAAUAGUUGUAAGAUCAUCACCAUUGCUUUCUAAUGUUUCUCACGCCUCCGCGAAGAAUUCGACUGGUUCCAGCCCACACUACUGCCUGAAGUGUAUGCUCAGUGCGACGCUUUUUUCCAGAAGGCGGUUGAGAAGUACCCAUCGGAGCUUAGACACGCGUUCCGCAAACUUCCAAGAAGAGUACGGGACAUUAAGGCUUUUUAGUAUAACUUCUAGUUUAUUGCACGAGCUAGCGUAGGUAUACUAGUUGUUUUUACUUCAACAUUUUCUGCAUUUCCUUGGUAGCAGAAGAAUGAACCUCGUUGACUACUAAUGCGUAACUCUUGGUGAACGCACCGUUUCUCAAGGAUCUAGCAGCAGACUUGGCGAGCAGUUCGGACGACAGCACAUCCUCGUCCUCGCAUUCUGAAACAACAUCAGAGGAUGAAACAGAAGUAAAGAAGGGAAUCUGACGAUGAAACAACAUCUGACGACGGGUUGAAAUAGAAGUAAAGAAUGGAAAAGUACGUAAAAAUGUCUAAGUACAACUACAAGGAUCGUAAGUGACGCGCCUGCUUAUGCCGUUCUCAAUAUGGGGCAAGCCAUGCGAUGGCGUUCGCGUGGUUCCUCUUUCGUUCGUUGUGGUCAAGCCCACUCUACGUCUACUUACUCUACCACAAAACAAAACAAGAACACAGGGGGGACCGGAUGCCGGUUGGUAUCGGUCGGCCCGUCUAAUCUUACGAAUUCUCCAACAGCGUCUGACGAUGAAAGAGGGACGAAACAACAAUAGCAAAGUUCAUCUUACCGUAAUUAUAGUGCGCCCAGGUUUUUCUUUUUCAUGGCGGUAGGUAACGAUAUUGCGUACUUACAUGGAAAAGCAAUAGAAC